AUGUUCGCGAGAAGGAUAGUGAGGAUAUACCCUCAUACACAAACAUGUCUCCCACCGAAACCCCCCGCCGAUCACCGGCAACUUGGUAUCCAACAAGAACUUUUCACUACCUCGAUAUAUAGUCCCGGCACUCCCAUACUGCUGCCUAAUGGUGCACGAGUCUUCAAUCGUUUAGUGGAGUUUCUGCGGAAACAGUAUGUCCGAUAUGGAUUCGACGAGGUUAUUACGCCGACCAUUUACAAAAAAGCCUUGUGGAGGAAAUCAGGUCAUUUGGAGAAUUAUAGCGACGACAUGUAUACGGUAACGAGUACAUCGCCCUUGCGAAGCGAUAGUUCCCAACCUGGCGACGAGGAGGACGAAUAUGGCCUUAAACCCAUGAAUUGCCCAGGCCACUGCCUGAUCUUUGCGUCCCAGCUACGGAGCUAUCGACAAUUGCCUAUUCGAUAUGCAGACUUCUCUCCACUACAUCGAAACGAGGUAUCCGGGGCGCUGAGUGGCCUUACCCGAGUGCGACGUUUUCACCAAGAUGAUGGGCACAUCUUUUGUCGGCCGAUACAAAUUGAGGAGGAAAUCAAGAAGACACUAGACUUCGUACGCAUCGUCUACUCGACGUUUAAACUAGGUCCAUAUCGAUUGGCCCUUUCAACACGUCCAGCGGAUCAUUACAUAGGAACCGCCGAGGAAUGGGAAAGCGCAGAGAACGCUCUUAAGAGAGCACUGGACGCGUCCGGCCAGGAAUGGACUGUGAAUGAAGGUGACGGCGCAUUCUACGGGCCCAAGAUCGAUAUCGUGUUGAAAGAUUCGGAUGGCAAAGAACACCAAACCGCUACGAUACAGCUAGACUUUCAGCUACCAAAACGGUUUGAUUUAGGUUAUUCAGCGCCAGCGCCCGACUUUGAGCGAAGGGGAGAGGUGACAACGGACCCCGAUAAGCUGACGGAGUCUGGUCUUGUAACUCCUGUUCUAAUUCAUAGAGCUGUGCUGGGCUCGGUAGAGAGACUACUAGCUCUGCUUAUCGAACACUACGAUGGCAAGUGGCCAUUUUGGUUAAAUCCGAGGCAGGUAAUGAUAGUCACCGUCAAUGACACUGAACCGGUGAUAGAAUUAGCCAAGACGGCUCAAGAUGUCCUCAUGGGAAGGCGUGGGCCAGCCGAUGGUCCAGUUGUAAACCCUUCUCAACUCGCAGUAGAUGUUGACGAUAGCCGGCGAAGCCUCGGACUCAAAGUACGAGAGGCCAAGUCUAAGGGUUAUGGUGUCAUCGUCACCAUCGGCUCAAUGCAAGUGCCAGAUGGCACUGUCACUGUUGACAUGUCAGGAUUAGAGAGUAGCGACGGCGAAAAAACGUCCCAGAAGCAGGACAUGCUGCCGGAAGAAAAGCAACCUCCCCCUGAAUCUACACCCUCCGACCCACCCCCAGACUACGCGACAUCAGCUCUCGAACACGGACAAGGCCAAGGCCUACCGAUCCGGCAACAACAGCAACCCCGGCGGCCCCCUCCCGGCUCGCUGCUCGACCUGCCUAUUUUGAAGUACAUGCGCACGCACCGCGUAAUCCUCGCCUCCGCCUCCCCCCGACGCCGCACCCUCCUCUCGCAGCUCGGCCUCCCGAACCUCGAGAUCCGCGCCUCCACCAAGCCCGAGGACUUAUCUAAAUCCGAACUCGGCGCCUACGCCUAUGUUUCCGCGACCGCGCAGCAGAAGGCCCUAGACGUGAAAGACCCCGACUUAGUGAUUGCGGCAGACACGGUUAUCGUGACGAGGGACGGGAAUAUCCUUGAAAAGCCCAGCUCCGAAGCCGCCCACAUCCGCAUGCUACGUCAUCUACGGGAUACUAGAACUCAUCGGGUUCUGACGGCGGUGUGUUGCGUGGCGCCGCGGUCGGAUGCGCAGUUCCCGGGGUAUGCGGUAGCGUCACAUGUCGAGGAGACGAAGGUGUUCUUUGGUCGCGAGCACGAUGGGCUGCCUGACGAUGUUAUUGAAGCGUACGUGCGGACGCGGGAGGGUGCUGAUAAGGCUGGAGGUUACGCAGUGCAGGGCUUAGCAGGAGCGUUAUUGAUUGAGAAGGUAGAUGGUUCAGUUGAUAAUGUGAUUGGGUUACCCGUGCGGAAGACGUUACAGCUUUGCGAGAAGGUGGUUUUCCGGCAGAAUGAGGAGAGUGAUGCGGAAGAGGAGGAAGAAGAGGAGUAA